GGAAACAUAAUAUAUUUAGUAAACUCGUUUUAGAUGGAGGAAAAGUUAAGAAUUUGUACAUUUAUAGUUAGGAUGGAUUCAAAUUUGAGUCUUAUAUCUAAAUACUUUGAUUACCGGAGCGAAAUUCCGGUUUAUAGUUCAGAACUCGAGUUGUGGGAGCAGGGAAACUCAGUUUUGAAAGUGAUUAGUACUGAGAGUAGAGUCCGGACCAGACUGCAACUCUCGUUCCCACCUUUUUGUUUCAAACGAGUGCCAUCUUUUUGUCCUCUCUCGCUCUCUGUAUCAGCUGAAGGAAAAAUGGGAAGCUCGUCGAAGGAGGACGCCGGAACUGACGGCGAUACGUCCAGCGGCGACACGGCCCCCGCCAAUUCCAAUCUCUUCUCCGAGGGUGAGCGUGUGCUUGCCUACCAUGGCCCUCGCGUUUACGAAGCCAAGGUUCAAAAAGCUGAACUUCGGAAGAAGGAAUGGAAAUACUUUGUUCAUUACCUUGGUUGGAACAAAAAUUGGGACGAGUGGGUAAGUGCUGAUAGGCUGAUGAAACAUAACGAGGAGAAUAUAAUGAAGCAGCAAGCCCUUGAAAAAAAGUUGGGAGUCGACAAGAGUUCAAAGUCUGCACGUUCUGCACAAGCGAAGGCAAAAAGUUCUACUGAUGCAAAAGUGGAUAAAGAGGACCUUAAGAGCAAUGUGGCAAAAGGGAAGAAGCGGAAGGUUGAAUCAGGCAUUGAGAAGGAUAAUCUUUCUGUGGAAAAGCUCGUCAAGAUUCAAAUUCCUUCAACACUAAAGAAGCAGCUUGUUGAUGAUUGGGAAUUUGUAACUCAGCAGGAUAAGCUUGUUAAACUUCCUCGUUCACCUAGUAUUGAUGAUAUUUUGACCAAGUAUCUUGAAUACAGGACAAAGAAAGAUGGCAUGGUGGCUGAUUCAAUUGGAGAAAUCUUGAAGGGGAUACGAUGUUAUUUUGACAAAGCAUUGCCUGUAAUACUCCUGUACAAAAAGGAACGCCAACAAUAUCAAGAAACAGUUGGGGAUGAUGUCUCUCCAUCAACUGUAUAUGGUGCUGAGCAUUUAUUACGCCUCUUUGUGAAGCUGCCUGAGCUACUGGCUUAUGUGAACAUUGAAGAGGAAACUUUGACCCGGUUGCAGCAGAAGUUACUCGACCUUCUGAAAUUUCUGCAGAAGAACCAGAGCACCUUCUUUGUUUCUGCUUAUGAUGCUUCUAGAUGUUCUGAAAGUAAAGGCAAAGACAAAGGCGAUUGAACCUGUACAAUCAGUGGUUUAUCGUCACAAUCUCUACCACCAGAUUGAGGCGGUAAUGCUACAGUUUCAUGACCAAUUGGUAUGUUUUCUUCCCCUCUUACAAUUCCAGGAAGAAACAAUCCAGUUGUUGUUGUAACAUUAAAAUUUAUUAUUUAUCUUUUUCCCCCCCGGUUUCCAAAGGUAGGUGUAUUAAUGUAACAUUCAUUUGGGAUAAAUUCUGUAUACCGUUGAGGUUUACAUGUGACGGACUGAGUCAUAAUUUAUUGUAAUCUUAUGUGAAAUGGGAAUAUGCAAGUCUUACCUUUGAGUAUUGAGAAAUGAGAUCUUGUAACCAGAGUUGUAACUGGAGGUAUAAUGUUCAAACAAAAAAUUGGCUA